AGUUAGUUCAGAAACAGUUGCUAUUUAAUUAUUUUUUCCAUUAGUUUCUUGUAUUGAAAAGAGCAAAUUUGUGCUUUGGAGUGAGGAAAAUAUGCACCUAAAAUGAUUUUCUGAAACAGAAAAUAAGCCUUGGUUUAGUAAUGUGGGGGUUUAUUGGCUUUUUCUUUUCUUCUAUCUUGCUCCCCAUUGGCCAAGAAUCCUGCCUAAACAGCCCGGUGGGUUUGGAGGGGCCUGGGGCAGGUGUAUCUGUUUAACUAUUUACUUUUCCAAGCUUUCCCACCCCUUUUCAUUCAAGAUCAAUUAAUUCAUUAGCCCCGGGGCAAAAGCAGUAGGUGAGGAAGUGGUGCUGGGUGAUGUUCUGGUGUCUUCAGGUGUACUAGGAAAAAAUAAUGGAAAGCUCUCCACAAACCAAACAUAUUAGUUUACUAAAUUUUGGCACAGUUAAUGAGGUUUCCUGUGAGUGCAUAAUCCUUCUCAACUAGACUGCCAGUUUGUAAUCUCCAGCUGCUUUUUCACUGCUGCUAUGUUUUUCCUAUAUAGCUUGGCUUUGCAUCCCUGAAAAAACAUUGUGGUCACUGGCAGUGAUGACCACCUCUGGAAAAUGUGGGCUUUACCUGAUGGGAACAUCACCAUGACAGGUGAAGGUCAUGCUGAUCAGCUUUCGGGCUGCUGCUUCUAUCCAAGUGGCACCCAGCUGGUCACUUCAAGUGGGGACACCACUGUGCAGAUAUGGGACUUUUCAAAGCGUGGAUGCGUUCUGACUUCGGAAGGACAAGCCCACGCUGUACAGCACUGCUCGUGGCAUUUGUGUGGUGAUUUCAUGGCUUCUGCCUCUGUGGACAACACCAGCAAAACAUAUGGGAUGUUAACAGUGAGAGAUGCAGAUAUACAAUGUGUGGCCAUGAAGAUUCAGUCAACAGCACUGAGUUUCUUCCGUUCUCCAACACUGCUCUCACUAGGUCUGCUGACAAGACUUUAUCUCUCUGGGAUGCCAGAAUGUACAGCCUAUCAUUUCCCACUGGGUGAUAUCCAUGGCAUGGGACAACCCUGCUGUGCUUCCUGCUACAACUAGAUUGUGCCUGAAACUAGUUAACUUUUACUUGAUUAAAUUUGGUGAAAUUGUUCCAAACUAGUAAUUUCAUUAGAUAACUUAUUUUCCCUUCUAAUUAAAUUAUUUUUAGACCACUGUUUUUCAGUGUUGACUUUGUCACAAUAUAGUAAUUUUCAAAUCAGUAAUCACCUAACAUAAGCUGUUUUAUUUUUGUUUCUUCAAGUGAAAUAUAAAUUGUCUUUUAGACUACAUGGAUUUUGUCAGAACUUUUUUGUCAGUAGAUUUAAAGUAUGUGGGAACCCCCAGUUCUUUGUGAGGAUGCUGCCUAUCUGUGGUGGGAGCUUUUAUGUUUGUUUGAAGUGGGCAUUCAUGAGGUAAACUCAAGAAAAGUGGCAGAGUGUUAAAGAAUCAGACAUAUGU